UAACAGAUAACGAUGCUUGUGACAGUUCUUGUCUGGUAUUCACAGUUAGUAGAUGCGUUUUCAGUUUAAAUUCAAUACUGUCAAUUUUGAAAAGUAAAAAACAGAAAAAAGUUGAAUAAAGUGAAUGCAACAUUUAGUGCUUCUAUAGGGAAAAUAAUGAGCAAUCUGUAUCCGAGUUUAGAGGACAAAUUUAAAAAUGAAGGGAUCUGUCCAAUAUGUAUGCAGGAAAUGGAACUCACGCCAAAGUUUUCAUGCGUGAAUAAUCAUGUAUUAUGUCAUCGUUGUAAACCAUAUUAUUUCUCCUGUCCAAAAUGUCGAUCACCAAUUGAUAUUGAAAUUACACCUCCGGAGGUGAAUCCAUUUAAUUCACCACCGCCAGUUCAUUUGAUGCCACACCCAAUGCCAAUGCCUCGUAUUAAUACUCCAUAUCCUACUCAAAUGCCAAUGCCAAUGCCCAGUGCACCGAUGUUUGAUGAUCAUUUUCUUGUUCAUGAAAGACAAAAUUUGAAUCCACCAACAGAACAUCAGGAAUUUAUUCCUUGUGCUUAUUCACAAUAUGGAUGUUGGGUCAAAUUUCCAGAGCAUUUAAAAGAAAUUCAUGAGUCAAGAUGCCAGUUUCAAAAUCAAACAUGCAGUGAAGAAAAUAUUACCGAUUGCAGAUAUAAGGAGGCAGGAUGUAAUAUUCAACUUCCCGCUUAUAAAAAAGCAUCACACGAAGAUGAUUGUCCCUAUAAAGGAAGAUUUGAAGAAAUGGAAAAAUUACAUUCAUCAAUUGCAGCCGUUUCACUUGACAAUAGCUCCUCGGAUGAUGAAUCAUAUCAUGAUCCAAAUGAAAUAGUUGAAUGCAAAUAUAGAAAAUAUGGUUGUAUGGUGAGAAUGCCCUAUCAUAGAAAAAGACAACAUGAGGAUAAAUGUAAUCAUCAAAAAGAUGAAUCCUAUCAUAAUCCAGAUGAAUUAGUUAUAUGUAAAUUUAGAAAAUAUGGUUGUAUGGUAAGAAUGCCCUAUAAACGUAAAUUAAUGCACGAAGAUGAAUGUAAUUAUCGCGUUAAUGAUAGUGAUGAUGAAGAUUCUUAUGUAUAUGAAGAAGAUCCAAAUGAGUUAAGCGAUUGUAAAUGGGCAAAAUAUGGAUGUAGAGUAAGACCACAAUUUUCACGUAAAUAUAUUCAUGAAGAGAAAUGUAAUUAUAAACAAGAUGAAUGUUCAUAUAAAAAUUAUGGAUGUCCAGCAAAUUUUCAUUCUUCGCAAAGAUUUGCUCAUGAAAGAUCAUGUCAUUAUGCUCCCUAAAAGACAUACUUAUUCUAUUUUUAUAAUUUAAUAAAAUUUAGUUACAAUUAUUUUUUUAUGGGUAUAUAGAAAGAAGAAAAUAAAUAUAUUUAAAAAAUAAAA